AUGGCCCCAGGGCUCAAUGCUUCUCCACCAGUUGUGGUUCUGCUCCUGUCCCUGGUGGGUCUGGCUGCUCCUGGGAAGCUCCUGGUGGUGCCGGCGGAUGGCAGCCACUGGCUCAGCAUGCGGGAGGUGGUGGACAUCCUGGGGCAGAGGGGACAUGAGGUGGUUGUGCUGGUACCUGAAGUCACUAUGCGCAUCAAGCCAUCAAAGACUUUUGGGAUGAAAAUGUACUCAGUCCCCUACACAAAGGAAGAGUUGAAGAAAGAAUUCCAGGCAUUUUUUCAUUUUUCAUUUGAACAAGGAUCUUUCCUGGAAAGAUUUGUUAAAGCCUACCAAGGUAUUAAAAGAAUAACUACAUUUGGGGUCUCCAGCUGUGGAUAUCUCCUGCAAAACAAAGAGCUCGUCAGGUACCUUGAGGAGAACAAGUUCGAUGUUGUCCUUACAGAUCCUGUCCUACUCUGUGGGGCAAUCCUAGCGAAGCAUCUUUCACUUCCUUCUGUGUAUUUCUUACGAGGAAUCCCAUGUGGUUUAGAUUUUGAUGCCACUCAGUGUCCCAGGCCCCAUUCCUAUGUCCCCAGGGGAUUUACACAACUUACAGACCGCAUGACCUUUCUACAACGGGUAAAGAAUAUACUUCAUGACAUCCUAGAUAUUUUUCUCUGUGAUUUUGCCUUUCAACCUUACUCAAAACUGGCUUCUGAGUUCCUACAGCAGGACGUGACUGUGCAGGAUCUCUUACACCAGGCUUCAGUUUGGCUCCUGAGGUCAGAAUUUGUUUUAGAGUAUCCAAGACCUUUGAUGCCAAACAUCAUUCCAAUUGGAGGAGUAAACUGUGCUCACAAGGACCUGUCUCAGGCAGCCAUUCCUUCUGUCGUUAAAAGCAUGCUCAGUUUAAGGGGAUCACCAGGGUUUUCUGGUGAAGACCUAUGA